AUACAACAUGCAAUUUCAAAAUCUCCUUCUUAUCGCAACUUUGGCCACUAGUGUCAAUACUCUAAGUAUUAGCGGUUACAGUGUCGCAUGGUGUUUAGCGGCAAAUGUAUGUCCCCGCCUUUUAUUCUGUUUACAAAACAUCGGGAUAAAAGACCAACAAAAAAACAGGGAAACUACGCACCUUCAGUAACUUCAGCUCUAUGCACCCUUUUCAAGCAGGAUGGUUGUGCCGAUUGCGUAAUGUCAACCACAGGAGACCCAACAUGCCAGAGUCCUUCGAAACAGAUUAUUCCUUCAUUGGUAUACAUUUUUCCAGCCUUUUGAUUUAACGGGAAAGCUAACUGGAUUAAAAAAUAGUGGCUUCAUUUUUGUGAAGAUUACGGUGCUGAAUCUGCGGACGGCACGCUGUAGAUAGAAGGGUUGGUGUAAGGGUGCGAUAGCGACAAGGUCAACUGUAUGCGUAAGAACUAAAUUGUCUACAAAGAGUGGAAGUGAUCGUAAGAUCUGAGGCUAUUUACAGUUCCAAGGGCACGGGCCACAUCGCUUUCUCCACGUCUGUACCCUCACAGUUGGAGUUAUACGGAGUAGGCUACUUUUCUAGCAGGACUAUGAGAUAACAGGCAACGUUGGAAUGAAGAAUAAGAAUUGUAUUUAGUUAUGUACCUUUUGGCUUGAACGAAAAAAGAGGAUGUCAUGCGCCAAUAUGCCGUCAGAUCGUAGAAUACAAAUGAG